GACAAAGUAACUAAAUACUGAGGUACUUGCACUGUACUUGAAUAUCUAAAAUUUAUGGUUAUUUGUACUUCAUACUUAAGAUUAUCAUAAUUAAUUUCAUAAAAUGUAAAUCUGCAUAGUAUCAUCUGAUAAAUGUAAUAAGCACCUCUAAAUUUGACUUAAAUACAACAUUGGAGUAAAUGUACUCAGUUACUUUCCAUUCAUUUCCUCUCUUCUCCUAGUCACUAUGUCAGUCUCCAUGGUAACAGACCCAUACCCGUCCAUCGACUGGUCGGUGGUCUCUGCCUCGCCGGGCGCUAAUGUCACAGGGUGGGAGCGGGACGCCCUGCUGGCCAAAGCAGAGGUGGUGGUGCUGGCAGCCAUCUUGGUGAUGGCCUUGCUCAGUAACGGGCUGGUGCUGGUGGUGUUGCUACGGAAACAACGACACAACAACCCGCUGCACCAGUGCAUGCUCAACCUCUGUUUGUCUGACCUUGUGGUGGCACUGUUCCAGGUGUUGCCUCAGUUGGUCUGGGACGCCAAUGGCCGCUUUCCUGGCCCUGACUUUCUGUGCCGCCUGGUGAAGUACCUGCAGGUCCUUGGGAUGUUCGCCUCCUCCUACAUGAUAGUGGCCAUGACAAUGGACCGCCACUACGCCAUUUGCUGCCCCCUGCAGGCACACCGCAGUGGCGCCACCCAACGCUGGAAUACCUUCAUUCUGCUGGCCUGGGGGCUGUCGCUGCUGCUCAGCCUGCCACAGGUAUUCAUCUUCUCCCGCUCAGAAGUGGCUCCAGGAGUGCAUGAGUGUUGGGGUAACUUUGCUGAGUUGUGGGGCCUGAAAGCGUACGUGACCUGGAUGGCGCUUUCUGUCUUCAUCCUCCCUGUCCUCAUCAUCACUGUCUGUCAGGUGCGAAUCUUCAAAGAAAUCCACAACAAUCUGUACCUGAAGUCCGAGCGCUGCAGUUCGCCCGCCUUGCACCCUCCAUCCAGAGGGGGGGGCAGUAACGGGGCAUCCAGUCUCUCGCUGUAUGUUUCUCCGCUCAUGUUCAACAAUAACUCAAAGCCCAGAUCCACAGAUCAGCACCUACCCCUGGGUCCGCUCAGAUCCAACAGCAUCAACUCACACGAUCACACAGCUCUACAUCCUGCUGAGCUGCAGCCUGAACCGGUAGCGCCCUCUGCGGUCUGCUCCCUGCCUAAAGCCCCUGCAGGUCGAGGUGGAGAAGUGUCAGCGGCCAUGUCGAAGACAGUGAGGAUGACGCUGGUCAUCGUCAUCGUCUACUCGCUCUGCUGGGCCCCGUUCUUCAGUGUGCAGCUGUGGGCCGCCUGGGACCCUGACCCCCCUCAGAACGAUGCAGCAUUCACCUUGCUCAUGUUGUUGGCCAGUCUCAACUCGUGCACAAACCCGUGGAUCUACGCAGCGUUCUCCAGCAGCGUGUCUCUGGAGGUCCGGCAGCUGUUGUUCUGUCACACUCGGCGUCGAGGCUCUUUACCCAAUGACUCCACCGCUACACACAACUCCAACUACUGAGUCACACACUGCAACCAUCCUGUCAUAAAUACACAACAGAGUGUGUAGCAUCUGGUGUACAAUACACAACUCAGAGUUUGACAUUUUGUGAAACCUACUGUACCAGGUUUCUUGACGCUCUCUGUCCGUGAAUACAAAAAAACAUUAGUUGUGUGAGAAUAUUUCAAGAUAGAGAGGAAAGAGGCUAUGGCUAGGACAGUUAGCUUAGCAUGAAGUUAGCAUAAGGAAAGGAAAAUAGUUGCCCUGAUGUUGUCCUUAACGUAAAAAUCCAGCUCUUCUAAACCAUAUUUUAUCUUUAGUUUGUUUAAUGUAAAUAAGUGGAAUAAAUGAAAAUAGUGGUCACACAAAUGUUUUUGAGCUGUUGAGGGGAAACCACAGCCGCCUCACGGUAGUUUUUC